UUCGGCGGAUCGUCAUUCACGCGAAGACGCGACCGGUGCGAGGAUGCGCGACAGCGGCGAUCGUUUCAGACGCGAGCGGGCCACCCCGACGAGCCCGCGCCUCGUCCUGAGGCGGGUGAUGGUGCUGGCCGAGGGGCGGCAGUUCCGCGAGGCCGCCGCCGUGCUGCAGAAGCUGGGACCCAACACGAUUGCGGCGGUGGCCGGCGAGCUGCCCUUGGAUCUGCUGGUCGAGGGCCUGCCGCACUCCGCUCAGUUGUUGGAGACCUUUUUUAAUAAGUUGAUCGCAUCAGACCAACGACCUAAUAUAAAUGCAGAACAAGUUGUGUGGCAGUUGGUUAAAUUAUUAGCCUCUCACGAUGACCCGACGCUCAAAACUAAAAUUUCGAAAUUAUCCAAGGCACUUCUAGCCUACCAGCCUGAUUUCCAAACCAAAAUCUCAUCCAGGAAGAAAGCCCUAGAACAAGCAAUUCAAGGCCUGGGUUGCCACGGCCUCACCACCGACGCCUCCGGCCUCACCGACCUCUAUCACGCCCUCAAAACGGAGCUCCAGCUCCACGUCGACGUCUACAAAAGCGCCCUCCAUCGACUGGACGAACUCAACCUCAUAUCGACCGACAACAAGAAACCUGUCGACGCUUCGCACCAACGCCUCCUCUCGCUCAAGCUCAAAGAGGUGCAACAGCGAUUGAUCGACAACAAGACGCUGCUCACCAUCCUGGACAAGCCGGCGCUCAAACAGCUCGAAGUGCUCGUCGGGACGCUCUCCGACAGGGUGCAGAACGACAAGGAAGCGCUGUUCUGCGUAUCGCAGCUCAAAAGGUUACAGUCUGUAGGUGAUGAUGUUCCUGUGGCGACGGUGUUGAUGUCUUUCACCAGAGGAUGCAGCGCUCUGCUGGAUCUGAUGCAAAUUCCCCAUAGUCCAUGUCACAGCGACACGGGGUACCAUUCAGAAACAGAAAACGAACAAGACCUGGGGAAGGAUGUCGUAAGCAGAUACGAGUCGCUCUACCGCCAAUGCAGGCCCAAGGCACUCGAGGCUCUGAAUUCGAUGCCAGACUUGAUGCACGCCACGCAGCUCAAAUCGAAAAUUUUAUUUUCAGUCGUCGUGCUCGCUUUCAGGACGUGCAAAACGCUGCGCGACCACAAACUCCUGCAGACCUUCCGGACUCUCCACCUGGACCACCGCUCCUCCAAGAACUCGUCGCUGCACAAGGAGGUGAUGCGCUGCUUGGCCUCGUCGGAGGAGUUUCCGCUGCACGAGGCCGAGCACCAGGUGCUGAGCUUGGUGUGCGACACGCUGAAGGAGUACAGAUGCUUGGAGGGGUGCCUCGAGCUCAGGAGAUACGUCGGCGAGGCCACCAAAAUCGCUUGGGUGAUGGUGUGUCAGGUGCCUCCUUACGAACUGGAUACCGACUUUCAAACUCCGGUAAGACUGCAACCAGAAAAGCACCAGCGCCACCACAGCUCCGAUAGGAAUAGUGACAUCAUUAGGGCGUUCUUGUGGCCUGCGUUAAUUCUGGAAUCGAGUUGUGUACACAAGGCGAUUGUUAUUACAGAUGGUACUUGAUUGAGCCGGACAAAUAAUUUCGCUUUCGUUGGUUUAGUGUCAAUACAACGUGUCAUUGUUUUAUAGUUUUUUUCUCUUUAUGUUAGUAUUUGUAUAUAGGAUCGAUGAUGGACGAUGGGGAAUGUAUAGGAUGAUAUUUUUGAUGAAAAUUAACAGGAUUACUAACAAGUUUCUAUGUGUAGAAUUUUGAAAAUUGGUACUCACAUAUAGUUUUAUUAGUAUCCUAAAAAACGAUUGCUCAUACUAUUAUUUCAUACUGAAUUUAAGGUUGUGUUGCGAACGUUUUAACACCUACCAGUAUUUUUCUAAUUGAAUUGUUUAUCAAAUAAAAAAAUCCAUUAAAUCAAUUGCACUGAAAAUGACUUUUCACAAAUAUUAAAUAAGUGUGACUUUUUCUAAUGUUAUUUGCAGGUUUGUUAUUGUAAGAUUGUUUUAAUGUAUAUUUUUA